AUGCGGGUUAAUGUACCAGUCCAAGAAGCAUAUGAGGCCCUCGAUAUUUAUCACAAGAAAAUGAUUAAGUUGACGGAAGAACAGUUUGAUUUAGCAGUAAACCAGGGUGACAAAGCUAACAUUCAACUUUUCGCAAAGAUCUUUCCUCUCAUUGGAAGGCGAAAUGAGGGAUUAGAGAGAUUUGGAAACUAUAUUCGUUCAUUAAUAUCCACAAAAAUGGAGCAGUAUACCCAUCAAAAUCACUGUAGGACCCAGUCUUCAAUAUCAGCUCCAUUCGUUGAUAUGCUUACUCGUCUUUUGGAAGCGGUUGCAGAAAUUCUCAAAGAUAAUCUUGUGUAUAUAGAAACAUUCUAUGGCCCUGGACAUGUGUUCACGAUAACUAAAUCUGCACAAGCGGAAUGUGACCGUCAAGCUCGAAGAAUCGUGGACAGUUUUCGUUCUCUUCGUCAUUUAGACGCCAUGACAAAUGCCGCUCAACACUGCUUGGCUUCUCAUUCUGCUGGAGUCUCUGCAUUUAAUGAGGCUGCGGCUUCUGGUUGCAGUAGCGUCGAGUCUGUUAUAUCUGAAAUUGUUACGGCAAACUCCCGGGUUGAUCUUUAUUUGCGCUUUGUCAAACGACGCAUUGCGCAUGAUAUAAGUCAAACGGAUACUGAAAUUUCCGAAAAACAGGAUAAGAGCAACCAGGCCUAUGCUUUCUUCAACCAAUGCGAAUUGGUUCGAUUGAUGCAAAACCUUGUUGGCAACUAUGUUGUUUUAGAAGGCUUCUUUCUUCACUCAAUGGUUCUUAAG